ACCAUAGCUGAUACCGCCCACCCUCAUCUAUCCUCCUGGCCGGGGUAUCCCUCUCCCACCUCCCUCUGUUGCCUGGCCAACACAUGGAGGAAAACCAAGACCAGGAGAAGGCUGCAGAGCGCGGCGGGGGCAGUGGCCGGGGCCCAGUGCGAGCGGUCUGCGUCUUCUGCGGCAGCAGGCCGGGAAACCGGCCGUCCUUCAGCGCCGCCGCUCUCGACCUUGGAAGGCAGCUGGUGGAGAGGAGGCUCGACCUUGUCUAUGGCGGCGGCAGCGGCGGCCUGAUGGGUCUCGUGUCCAAGGCCGUCCACGACGGCGGCCGCCAUGUCCUCGGGGUCAUCCCUAGCGCUCUCCUCCCCGAAGAGGUAUCAGGGGAGACGUUGGGAGAGGUGAAAGUGGUCAGGGACAUGCAUGAGCGCAAGUCAGAAAUGGCGAAACACUCCGACGCCUUCAUCGCCCUGCCUGGCGGUUAUGGGACGAUCGAAGAGCUGUUGGAGAUCAUAACGUGGGCUCAGCUCGGGAUCCACAACAAACCUGUGGGAUUGCUCAACGUGGAUGGCUACUACAACAGCCUGCUUUCGCUGUUCGACAAGGGCGUCGAGGAGGGCUUCAUCGAUGAGGCGGCGCGCAACAUCUUUGUAGUCGCCGACACUGCCGGGGAGCUGCUCACCAAGCUCACGGCAGCAGCGGCGGCAGCCCCUGUUGACGACGACGACGGUCAGAAGGGCGCGGCGGCCGCCGGCGUCAAGAGGAAAAGAAGCUAGCUUGUCCGCAUGUCGUUGUCUAGCUAGCCUGGUCGCUUGUAUAUUUUCCAUCCACUACCUAGCUUAUUGUUCACUUGCCUAAGUACGUAGUCUAGUAACGUGUUCAGUUAUUUAUCUUGUUAUAUGCAUGUAAUGUCAAGCGUUCCCUAACCCCUGUAUCGAGCAAAAUGCCGUGGCCAUCACGAAGAAUAAUGCUUCUGUGCUCCGCCGUAAGAACAGGCGAACAAUUAAA